AUGUGUGAGACUUCGGCCAUCAAUCGGCGCAACCGUAAGGGCUGUCUGUCGGAAGAGUUCUACCGGUGGUCUGACGAGCCGUUUGAAGAGAUGGACUCCACAAUAGCUGUCCAGCAGUUCAUCCAACAGACCAUUCGUAGGGAUCCGUCAAAUAUAGAUGAGAUCCUAUCGGCUCCGGAGGGCCAGGAAGAGGGCGGCUGGAAGUACGAGCACUUGAGACAGUUUUGUCUCGAACUCAACCGAUUGGCCGUCAAAUUGCAGACCGAAUGCUCGGCUCAGACGUGCACUCAGAUGACGGCCACCGAGCAGUGGAUCUUCUUAUGCGCCGCCCAUAAGACGCCCAAAGAGUGUCCGGCGAUUGACUACACGCGCCAUACGCUGGACGGCGCCGCCUGUCUUCUCAACUCGAAUAAGUACUUCCCGAGUCGGGUGACCAUCAAGGAGUCAUCGGUGGCCAAACUCGGUUCGGUGUGCCGUCGCGUGUAUCGCAUCUUCAGUCACGCCUUCUUCCAUCACAAGACACUCUUCGAUGAGUUCGAGAAUCAGAUGUUUCUCUGCAAACGUUUCACCGCUUUUGUCAUUAAAUACAAUCUCAUGUCCAAAGACAACCUCAUUGUUCCCAUCGUUGGUCUCGACACCACUGCCGCCACCGGCGAGACCGAGGCCUGA